AUGCAUGUGUCUGUGGUCUUUGACAGACAUCCCUCUGAGUACCAAACGGUGUCAGAAAACAGAGCAUUAACAGUUCAGACCAGAGGAAGUGUUGUUAUACCCUGUUAUUACAACAAAAAAUACACACAACACAAAAAAUACUGGUGCUUUGGUGCCAAGGCUGUAUUCCAAUCCUGCUCUACUCUGGCAUAUGCUAAUGAAACCAAAGGAAACCUGUCAGUGAUCGAUCAUCCAGAUCAGAGUUUCUUCACUGUGACUAUGAGAAUCCUGCAGCAUGAAAACUGUGGAUAUUACUGGUGUGCUGUGGAUAUUGGGGCAAAAGUGGAUGAGAAUGAGCAGCUUCAGCUCACAGUUAAAUCAGCUCCUGAUGUGUUUGUGAUGAACAGCAGUGUAUCUGGACAUACAGGUGGUAAUGUCAGUGUUCAGUGUUUCUACAGAACUGGAUAUCAGAAUGAACUCAAACAGUGGUGCAGAUAUAAAGACAAAAGCUGUUCCACAGAGAAGAAGACUGACACAUCCCAGAGUUCAUCAGUGCAGGUCAGUGAUGAUGGUGAAAGCUCCUUCACUGUGCUGAUGACUGGACUGAGACGCUCUGAUUCUGGAUGGUAUUUCUGCUCUGUUGGAGAUCAAAUCAUUCCUGUUCAGCUCACUGUAACUGAGGCAGAACCAGUUAGUGUGAACACAGACACCAGCACCAGCACUCAGAAGGAUGGCGUUUCUGCAUUUCCCACAACUGGAGUUUUCUGCACAUUGCCCUGAUCAGAUGAUAUUCAUAAUAUGCUUUUGCUUUACAGUCAAUCAAGACAUUUAAUCUAUGUUUGCAAAAUGCUUAAAUGUCUAUUAUGUAUAUAUGUUUAGUUUAAA